AGUAUGCAGACGGUGAUGACCAACCUGACUGACCUGGUCUCUACUCAUCUGACUCUUGAUGACAAGUAUACGCAAGGUGUGAAGGAGAGGGAGAACGCCACCCGCCGCCUCCUGGACACUCUGGACCAGCUGGAGUGUGUCAACAAGGCUCACCAAGCUGACAACCUCAAGCUGAAGGAGGAAAACACUCGCCUAAAUACAGCGAAUCAUUUGCUUAAGGAGGACAACAGGAAGACUAAGAACGAAGGGCGCCUUGCUCAGGAGGAGAUUGUCUUAUUAAAGUCCCAGAUCCGUCAAGUGGAGGAGGACUCGAGGCUGGUCAAGGAGGAGAUCCGUCAAGUGGAGGAGGACUCCAGGCUGGUCAAGGAGGAUGACAUGAAGACUAAGAACGAAGUGCGCCUUGCUCAGGAGGAAAAUAUUCAAUUAAAGUCCCAGAUCCGUCAAGUGGAGGAGGACUCCAGGCUGGUCAAGGAGGAAAUCCGUCAAAUGGAGGAGGACUCGAGACUGGUCAAGGAGGAUAACAUGAAGAUUAAGAACGAAGUGCGCCUUGCACAGGAAGAAAACAUUCAAUUAAAGUCACAGAUACGUCUAGUGGAGGAGGACUUGAGGUUGCUCAAGAAAGAAACCCGGAAGACUAUGAACGAUGUUCGCUUAUCAGAGGAGGCGAAUCGCCGUCUAAUGGCUGACAUCCGUCAAGUAGAGGAGGACUCGAGGCUGGUCAAGGAGGAGAUCCGUCAAGUGGAGGAGGACUCCAGGCUGGUCAAAGAGGGCAACAUGAAGACUAUGAACGAAGUGCGCCUUGCUCAGGAGGAAAAUAUUCAAUUAAAGUCUCAGAUCCGACAAGUGGAGGAGGACUCGAGGCUGGUCAAGACGAGGAACCGGCAGCUGGAGCUUGCAGAGACUCAAGCCCAGGAGAGAGUCAAGACGGCGUUGACGAGGAUCGCUGAGCUAGAGCGAGAGACACAACAGCUGCAAGAGAUGAAUAAUAACAUAGGAGGAGAGAAAAGACUUGUUGAAGAGCAACUCUCCGUCAUUGAAGAAGAGGCCAGAAAGUUACGGGAAGGAAACACGGCUCUACAGAGUGAUAAAAACAGACAGGCACAGCAACUCAGAAGUAUUCAAGAGGAAAAGAAUAAAUUAACACAACAGAGUCGCUUGAUGGAAGAGGAACACGAGAAGUGCAAGAGGAAUGUCAGUGAGCUGUCCACAAGGGUGACAAUGGCCAGGGACUGUGCUGAACUGUACUGCCGGGGAGCGAGGCUGGACGGUGUCUACUUCAUCAAACCUGACAGGUAA